AUGGAGCUGGGAAUGGUAAAUCACCUUAUUCUGUCUGAUAAAUUAUUGUUAUAUUUCUAUAUUCUAUAUAUCUUAUCAAUAGAUUAAUUUAUGUGUGUGUUUUAUAAUGAGUGAAGAAAAAGAUAAAAUAUAAUCUCACUCAAUAGAGAUUAUUGAGUAGAUUGGAGUUCUCUAGAAUCGUUAACAUUUAAGAGUUUUCUCCUCAUUACUAUUGUUCUGUAUCCCAUAUCACAGCAAGGCCUUGAAGAGGAAGCAUUCCGGUUAAUAAUCGAUGAAUUGAUAUUGCUGGAAGAAAAAUGGGAAAAUCUUUCCAGUGAUAAAAGAGAUUGAAGAGGUCCUGAUAAAAAUAGUGAGUACUCCCUUAAGUGGAACUAGACCCAUAUAACAUCCAGUGUGAAUCAAUGUAACGCAUUACAGAUACACAGAGAAACUCCAUGUCACACCAUAACCACAUGCAUCACUGGCUGCCAUACAUGUUAGAUACAUACCACAGAUUAUAUUCAAAGGUGGCAGCGAUUACACAUGGUAUUCAUAACAAUUGUCAUUUUAAUCUUUACGGGGGAGCUAGGAAAGGUAACUUCUAUUUUAUGAAUAAAAUAUUGGUUAUUAACACAACUGUAUUAUAAUAUUUCACUAAGGGGUGAAGGAACAAAUCUAGAAGGAGUAUUUCUCUCCCCUCCCCCACCCCCCCGCAUGUUUUAUUAAUAGUUACAUUUAUGUGUAUAUCACAGAGUGGAUUUAAUGAUGAAGAACUAGAGAUAAUAGCAGAUGAAGUAACACAGCUGAUAGACAGCCUGGAAGAGAUUGAAACAGCUCGGAGACAAAUUGUGAGUGCAGCCUUUAUGGACACAUAUAGCAUCCAAUGUGAAUCAAUGCACUACGGACACAGUGUAACUCCAUGUCAUAUCACACCCAUAUCCAUCACUGCAUUGUAGAUGAACACCAUAACUUCCUCUCACAUCCAAUGAGCUUACAAUCUAGAAGAAAAUGUUGCCAUGUUCUUAGACAUUCUGUUUUGGCAAGACAUUCUAUUGUGGAUUUAGUUUGGAUUGUGAUUAUUAAUGUCUACCUACCACAGUUACUCAUAAGCCGUAAAUUUUUUUUACUGUAUUGUGCAUGUUUUUGGAGGUUGGUUGUGGGGAGGUUGUGUGCCUACGUGUAGAGUGAGUUGAUUCCAGCAAGGGCUGAGCAAGGCUUUGUUUCUCAGGGGUGGUGGAGGUCAGAGGACUUAAGGGAUCAAGGUCAGAGUUUGUGGAGGGGCUGGUGAGGUAAAGCUUAUUACUACAUACUGUUGGUUAUAAGUUUGGUAGGUUACAAGCUCGUUGGUAGCUCAGAACCUGGUGGGUGUAGGGGUAUCUGGGUAUACCCCAACCAUAGUUAUUUAAAAACAUUUGUUGGCCCUUUAAUUAUUUAUUGUUAUGAUUUUAUUUACUGUUCAUUAUAUUGUUAAUGUUAUUGUAUAUGGAUAUUUGUCAUUGCCUUUUGAUGACAAUGUGUGAUAUGUUACAUUGUAUGUCAUGGUUGGGAGCAAUACCUUUAUUUCUAUUUAUUUUAUAAAUUAUUAAAGGGACACUAUAUUCACCCAGACCACUUCAGCUCAAUGAAGUGGUCUGGGUGCCAGGUCCCUCAGGUUUUAACCCUUCACAUGUAAACAUAGCAGUUUCGUAGAAACUGCUAUGUUUACAUUUGGGAUUAAUCCAGCCUCUAGUGGCUGUAUUCUGGACAGCCACUAGAGGCGCAUCUGCGACGCUGGAGGUGUAUAUGGCCUCCAUCGUGCAGAGCGUCCAUAGGAAAGCAUUGAGAAAUGCUUUCCUAUGGACACUUUGAAUGCGAACGCUGCACUUGCGCGCAUGCACAUUUGGCUCCAGUGACGUCGGACGGGGGAGCUGACGUCGGACAGGGAGGAAUAAGGUAAAUGGCUGAAGGGGUUUUAACUCCUUCAGCGCUGCGGGAGGGGGACCCUGAGGGUGGGGGCAUCCUCAGGGCACUGUAGUAUCAGGAAAAACGCUUUGUUUUCCUUACACUAUAGUGAACCUUUAAAACUAUGGACAUAUUUGACCCAUACACCAAUAGUGUUCGCGUUUUAUUGGGAUGGCUUUUGCAGGGGUUAUUUCCACCAGCUGACAUAUUGCAACAAUGCGCCUGUCAAGAUUAUUCUAAACUCAUUCAUUAUAGAUUAAUAAUCAGAUUGACCUUCUCUAGAUUCCAUUACAUUUAAGAAUAUUCUCCUCAUUCCUAUUUUCUUUUACUGUAUCCUAUAUCACAGCAAAGUCUUCGUAAGGAAGCACUCCAGGAAAUAGAGGACAUUCUGACAUUGCUGGAGUCAAAAUGGGACAAGUUGUCCAGUGAGAAGCUAGAGAUUGAAGAUGCGUUGAUAAAAUUUGUGAGUACUAUAUACUUAAGUGGGACUAAAAACAUAUAGCAGCCAAUGUAAAUUAAUGUAAUGAUUUUCAGAUACACAGUGCCAUACCUCAAAAGUGUCCCUAUUUAGGAGGGUCUGUCCCUACUUUGGGCCCAAAUCCCUCUGUCCCUCUUUCUCUCCUAAUGUCCCUUUAUUCUAGUUGACCCAUAAAUUUAGUGUGUCUGAGUGUACAAAACUCCACAUGAAUGAUACUCAAAGUAAUGUGUUUUAAUACUGUGUUUAGAAACCAGUCUGGGUAAAUUAGAUACAUUGUACUCCGUCUAAAUUACAUUUUAUUUGUAUAAAUUAUUAUUAGUAAAUCACCUAAACUUUCUCAGAACAGCCCCGCCCUCUGUCCACACACCACUAAAAUUAAAGUGUCCCUCUUUGUCCAUUUGAAAUGCUGGGAGGUAUGCAGUGCAAACCCAUGUCCCAUCCCCCUGCAUGUAUCACAGCCAUACAUUGUAGAUACAUAGCCUACCUCGGGAGUAGGCAACCUUCGGCAACUUCAGAUGUUACUACAUCUCCCAUAAUGCUCUUACAGCCAUAAAGCUAGCAAAGCAUCCUGGAAAAUGUAGUCCACAAUAUCUGGAGUAUCGAAGGUUGCCUACCCCUAAUCUAACGCCAUGUAACAUCACGUAGUGUUAGGCUAUGUACAGCAGUGAUUACAUGUCGUAUCCAUAGUAACAGAGGGAUUUACAGUAGAAUUUUACACAUUUCAGUCAUGGAGCAAGAAAAGGUAACUCCUAUUUUUAUGAAUACAUUUAUCGUUAUUAAGAAAACAACAAUUUCAUUUGGUCUAGUGUGAAGAAGUAAAUUCAGAAGAUUUAAUUUGACCAUUUAUUGUAUAGCUAGUUUAAUUUAUGUGUAGGGUUUUAUAAGGAGUAAACACAUUAAGAAUGAAUGAUCCUAUCUUACUCAAUAGACAUUGUUAAUCAGAUUGGGGUUCUCCAGAUUUUUUAAUAUUUAGGAGUAUUUUCCUGAUUCCUAUUUUUACUUUAUCCUAUUUCACAGAAUGGUCCUGAUAAGGAAGGAUUAGAGAUAUCAGUGUCAGCGUUGAUGAAAAGAAUUGAAGAGAUUUUCAAUGAAAAGAAUGAGCUAGCAGAGACUGUGAGAAAAUUAAUGUGAAUUAAUAUUAUAGAUUAUAAAUGAACUGUGUAACUUUAUGUGAAAUGUAACUCCAUUUCACAUAGAGCUCCAUGUGUGUCAAUGUAAUAUCACAUUUUAUAUUGUGCCCCAUAGAACUUAAUUUAAUUUCACAUUACGCCCUGUGAUUUUAUCAGUAUAUUGUCCUGUUUUUCCCUCUGUAUUUAUUUUAUUUUAUCUAACUCUAUAGAAAUUGCAAUAUAUAUUUGUUGUAGUUUAUUUAGAUUAGUGUUGAUCGUAGCAAUGUUUCAUGGACUGCUUAAGUAAAUAAAUGUGAAACCUUUCUUUUCUUUUGAUGUGUACCGUGCGCAGACUUUCAGAAUUAUGAAAGGAACAGUAGAAGCGACAUGCCAAACAGAACAACAGCAAAUAAAUGAAGUCAAAGUCAAAGUAGAAGAACAUCAAGAGCAGCAGGUAAGAACUCAAAGUGGCAUAUUUUAGAUUUCCCAUUUAUUAAGUAAUGAUAUAGAAGUUUUUCAGAGAUUUCAUUGAUUCAUUGAUUUAACUAAAUAAGAUGAUAUUUUCAUUCUCAGGUGAUACAGGAAUCCAUAACUGAUGAGAGCAGCAGCAGUGAUAACUCCAUAGCAUCCAUAACACAGGACCAGCAGUGCAAUGACAUCAACGUACAACAGCCAAAAAGGAAAUCAAGGGCAAGACGCUUUCUGAAGUGCUUGAGGUCCUUAUUCUGCUGUUGUGCAACACCUGUGGUCAGUCUCCAGAAACGCUCCCCACAAUCAACAAAUUAA